AUGGUUGUUAUUGAUUUUUAUUAUAAUUGGAAAACUGUUGAGCUGGACAUUAACCCAGAAAUACCAAUUUCUGCGUUAUUUGCCACUCUAAAUGAAACAUUUCAAAUCCAAAACCCAAUUGAUGAAAUUGUAUUUUUGUAUUAUGGUAAAAAAAUAGAAAUUAAUGACCAGCCAUUUCAUGAGGCAUUUGGGGAAUUAGAAAGUGUCAACGAAGUUCAUAUUGGAUUUAAGAAUGAAAUUGCAAUUAUCGAUGAAUUCUGCGUAAAAAACAUUCCUUCUCUUAAAUAUGAGGCAAUCAUGAUGGACGCAAGAUUAGUAACAUUUUUACGUAAUCUAAACGGUCUUCAUAAGAUAAUUACCAAAAUUUACGAAAGUCAAAUUAAUUUUGACGAUCUAGUACCGAAAGAAUUGAUUGUAGAGGACGAUGUAGGUACGUUGCAAAAUUUGGCUAAAUGGUUUACUGGUUCUAUAAUGACUUGGAUUGACGCUCCCGUUUGUAAUUACUGCAAAACAAAGAUGAUGUUUUCAGAUUAUUGCUCUCCUUCAGCUUCAGACAAAGAAAGAGGUGCCGAUGCUUCGAGAAAAUACAAAUGCCGUCAAUGUAAGUCGGCAAAGAGGAUACCAAUCUUCUUUAAUACCGAAGAUAUACUUAACAUCAGAAAAGGAAUGAGCGCUGAAUAUUGUAUUUUAUUCGGUGCCAUUCUCAGAAAAUUUGGAUUCGAAUGUCGCAUUGCUCGUGACAUUUUCAUUAAUUAUCUUUGGCUGGAAGUGUAUAGCUAUAAGAUUGGCCGCUUCAUUCAUGUUGAUCCAGUUGCAGGAAUUGUGAAUUUACCAUUUAUUUAUGAAGUCGGUAACAAGCUGAAUAUUUCCAGGGUCAUUUCCGUUGGUAUGCACGAGUUGUUCGAUGUAACUUCACGAUAUGUAGUUAAUAUCGAUAACAUUGCUUACGUCAGAAAAGCAGACGCAAGAGAAGAGUAUUAUCAACAAGCAAUCGGAAUGAGAAAUAUAAUGUGGUCAUAUGGGCUGCCACAAGAAAUGGUUCAAGAAUUAGAAGCUAGAAAAAAUAAAGAAUAUGAAGACCUUGUUCCGCAAGAAAGGAAGCCAUCACCCGAAGAAAAGGUACGUAUAAGCAGAAUAGAUACGGAAUUGGCUAAAAAUAAGAUAUAA